AUGGCCAUGGCCGCGCGGCCACAGACGCCCGUGCAGGAUGCAUACUCGAUCCCGAGCAUUCAUGACCCGGUUGUUUUGAGUCGCGGAUACGGCACUCUGCGUUCUUCCUCUCGACCUAGUUCAUACGCCGGUAACAGUUCCGCCUUCCACUACAACCACGGCACCCCCGAGCAGUCGUCACAGAUCCCCUAUAAUCCCAGAUUCAAAGAAGAACUCGACACGAUUAGCCAUCGUAGCUCCAUCGCGCUGGACCGUCCACCAUCCAUCGUGCACCGGUCGGCCUCGACGGCGUCCCAGGCUCGUUCAACCACCCCUUCUCGCCAGGGGACGAGUACCUUGCGCAAAAAAGCCUCCCUCAGCAAGAAGGGUAGCUUGCGACGCAAUGGCAGUCGGCGAUCCCUGGGUGCGGGCAGUGUGAAGAGUUUAAGCCUCGGCGACCGGGAGAAGUACCCCGACGGGACCGAAGAUGUGAAUAGUGUUUUUAUGGUUCCUAUCCCGACGAGUGGGAACCCGACCGAGGUGCUAUCAACUCGUUUCCAAGCUUGGCGCAAGAUCUUGAAGGACUUGAUUGUCUUUUUCAAGGAAGUACAGAAAUCCUACGAGACCCGAUCCAAGCUCUUCCUAUCCGCCUCAAAUGUCAUUAACAACCAAACGACGCCCGCCGCGUUCCUGCAGUCGGGUGGCCUCGCCGAUGCGACAGAGAUGCUGCGCGAUUUCCAUCGACAAGGAUAUAAUGAAGCCAACAAAGCCGUUGAGGUGGAGGUCGAAGUGAUCAGUCAAUUGACCGGCCUCCGCAGCGAUCUACAGAAGAAGACAAAGGAGAUCAAGAGCUUGUCCGGCGAUUUCAAGAACACCGUCGAGAAGGAGAUUGACGGCACGCGCAAGGCGGUUCGCAACCUGCACGAAUCCCUGGGUCUGGUGGACACCGACCCGUCCGCCACAUCAGGCAAAGGCGACCCAUUCUUGAUGCGCCUGAAUGUGGAGCGCCAGGUCGAAAAGCAGAUUGAGGAGGAGAACUACCUGCACCGGGCAUACUUGAACUUGGAGAACUCGGGCCGCGAGCUUGAGUCGAUUGUGGUCAGCGAGAUCCAAAAGGCCUACAAUGCUUAUGCUAGCAUCCUCAAGCGGGAGGCGGAUGAGGCUUAUGACACCGUGGAAAAGCUUCGCGUGGGUCCGAUCUCCAUGCCUCAGGAUCAUGAGUGGAAUGCGUUUGUCGCCAAUACCGAUGAACUAGUCGAUCCUCGGAUCCCUCCGCGAAACGUGGAGAGCAUCACCUACUCUGGUAAGGAUCACCCUGCGGCGGCCGAGGUACGAGCUGGCAUGCUGGAACGCAAGAGCAAGUACCUGAAGAGCUAUACCCCAGGCUGGUAUGUUUUGUCCCCGACUCACUUGCAUGAGUUCAAGUCGGCGGAUAGGGUGGAGUGGCAGACUCCAGUCAUGUCCCUGUACCUGCCCGAGCAAAAGUUGGGCUCGCAUUCGAAUGAGGAUUCAAGCUCCCACAAGUUCAUGCUCAAGGGCCGCCAGACCGGUGCCAUGCACCGAGGCCACUCCUGGGUCUUCCGUGCGGAAUCUCACGAGACGAUGAUGUCGUGGUAUGAGGACAUUGAGAGCCUGAUCAACAAAACCGGAGAGGCCCGGGACGCUUUCGUUCGGCAUGCCUCUGUUCGGCGCCACGUGCGUACCGUGAGUGGCAUGUCGAACAACGAGGUAUUGGAAGAUGAUGAGGCCGACCAGACCCCUUACUCUGCCGACUCGGUGAUCCUGACUCAAGGACCGGUGGAGCGGCCCAUGUCUGCCACUCGCCAGGCCGGUGGUGCGUUCCCCAGUGAUGUCCAGAUCGACCGCCAUCUGCAGGAACCUCUCUCUCCCUCCAGCGGAGCCAGCUCAGGUGGUAGGGACGUGAUUGCCGCUGCUGCGGGCUACCCGGACAACAAUGCCAAGGCCACCAAUUCGCAAUUAUAUGAGCAGAACGGUGCCGCUGAUAGCCGGUCUCAGCGCGUUGCCAGCCAGAGCCCUGGCAAUCAGUCUCGUAACCGAAUGAGCCGACACGAUAGCUACUAUGGCCAAUGGAUGGCACCCGCUGCCGUCGUUACCAAACAGAAGGACCAGCAACCUGAGUCAGCACUUGAUGAUCGGGAGGUCCGAUCCGACGGAGAUCACGCUUCGAUAGCUGCGAUGUCCGGCGUGAUUGGUGCCGCAGACCGUCGUGAGAACUCAGCUCCACCUAACGUCGCUCGUCGUGAGAGCGUCUCCACCGCACCAACCAACACCAAUCAGACCGAUUAUACCAACAACACCUUGGCCACUUCCGUGGAUGAGGCUCCGUCGUCCGGCGAUGUUGGCAUUGUCGGCACUGUACCCCUCGGGGAUGAUUUCACUGACAGAGGCAAAGGCGCCAUGACUGGAUCUGACCUGUACCGAUCAAAGCAGGACAGGAUGGACAGUGUGGUGGCCAUUGACAUGAAAAUCCCUGGCCGCUACCCUCCGACCAAUGUGGCUGCAUGA